AUGUCUAGAAGAAAACAAGCAAAACCGAGAUCAUUAAAGCCGGAUGAAGAGUUGUGGUCUGAAACGAAUGAAACAAAAAAUGUUACUGAGGAAGCUUUAAAAAGUGGCAACAGUGAUGGCGAUGAAGCGACAAAAGAUUCAAAUAUGGAAGAAAAAAACAAAAUGGCGGAGGAAGAAGAACAAAAUAUGGCGGAUACGAAUGUCAAAGAUGCUGAAGAUACGGAGAGCUUAAGGAAGUCUACAGAAAGACAGGGCGUGGAAGAUGUUGCUGUAUUCGAGUCCGUCCCUGUCGGAUCCCAGGUGGCGCGGCCGCAGCGUUUGGAAUUAUCACAUAGUGGAGAGGCGCGGGGUGAGACCCGGGGGGUGGCGGCGGGCGUGCGGGGGGUGAGGGGUGCGGGGUGCGGGGAUGAGGAGGCACACAUUCGUCACAGGCCCAGCAGCCAUUAG